UACAAGCCGUUCCAUAGUUUAUAAAUAGGGGAAUGACUAAUCCUGUUACGACCAUAUCCGCGGUCUGCCGCUUAAAUACGGUUGUUGAGUAGCUGGAACGUUGUGUCGGCUCGGAUAUCUGACUUGGGGUAUACCGUGUGUAAAUUGUGGCCGAUCGUACAGUGUACAUUUUGCACAUGUACAGGUACAGCGGAGGCCCUUUUCACAUUGAAUGCAGUGGAUCAUAUUGCAGUGUGUGCCUCUGUCACUAGCACUUGUCACCCAACCAUUAUAGUUUGGCCCCUGCCCAAACAAUGACCCCCAUUCUUUGGUUAUGACUAGUGCACACCCACACGGGGUAAGCACGUACCCACAACUCACGGUCCUAACCGAUGUAUCAUAAAACAUCAUGGAAACACUAAUAAGCAUUCGGCGUACAGCUUGCGGCACAUCAAUCUUCAGGUAACACUCCACAUCAUAAAUUUAUAAAAACGGAGUGAGGUGCGGAAGUGCGGGAUUCGGCACACGGCAGCGUGCAGGGACGAGAGAGAGGACGGGUAAUAUUUGGAUUUUAGACGGUGCAGGGAGUGCAGCAAAACACGGUGUGUGUGUGCGAAGCUUUCGUUAAGCCCAAAGUGAAACUGGGGUGUCUUCACAAACUACAGUACAUGUUGCCUCUAGUGGUCGUAGUCGAAGGGACAUCAUGGAUGCAACUCAUGUACCAAAUCAAACCCAACGGACAUGGAAUAUCCAAAACAGACGGGCAAUGAAUGCUGCAUGGACUUGUGUAGUAAGACUGUCUCUGGGACUUGUUUUACUACUCGGACCAUACAUUACACAAGCUGCACCGACGAGUACGCUUCUACCAGGAGAAGGUGACGCUGGGCCGGAAAACCUCGUUACACCAGGACAGCUGAGGACUGGAUUUAAUUACCUCACAAAAUACGGGUUCCUGCCCAAGCCCAACCCCGUAGCGGGCAGCCUACGAUCGCAAGCCGAGUUCUACGAUGGGAUCCGGGCGUUUCAGACCUUCUACGGCCUGCCGGUGACGGGGGCACUGGACGGCCGGACGGAGGCCCUGAUGGCUAUGCCCCGGUGCGGCUUGCCUGAUAUCAUGAGGGAUGAUGAUGGUAGCAGGAAAAGACGAUAUGUGCACACGGGAGCGACGUGGGACCAUCAGGAUUUAACUUACAGAAUGAAAAACUAUUCACCUGACCUAACGAGAUCGGAAAUAGAUGAAGCUAUCGCCGGCGCCCUAAAAAUUUGGAGUGAUGUUAUACCACUGAACUUCGAAAAGAGGGAGAUGGGUCCAGCUGAUAUUGAUAUAAGUUUUGCCCGCGGCCUGCAUCAUGACGACUACCCAUUUGAUGGGCCUGGGGGAACCCUUGCACAUGCAUUCUUCCCCGGUGACGAUUUGGGAGGAGAUGCCCACUUUGAUGAUGAUGAACAGUUCACUGUCAAGUCCUAUGAGGGUACCAACCUCCUGAUUGUUGCAGCUCACGAGUUUGGUCAUAGUCUCGGCUUUGGCCACUCGUCUGACCUGACAGCACUUAUGGCACCCUUCUACCAGGGAUACAAACCAAACUAUGUACUUCCGUACGACGAUCACGUGGGAGCUCAACAUCUCUAUGGUGCUCGACCAGGGUCUGUUCCUUCCCGCGGGGAAAGCCCCGGGGGUGAGGCACCUGGUCCCCCAGCUGAUCCGACCUCACCGCCGGAUCAAAACCCGACUUGUGGCGGUUCCUACAAUGCCAUUGCAAAAAUACGGGGAGAACUGAUGUUGUUCAAGGGCAAGACCUUUUGGCGGAUGCUUGAGAAGGGGCACCCGCUGGAGGGUUAUCCGAUCGACACGUCCAGAUUUUGGGAUCAGCUGCCAGUCAAAGUCGAUGCUGCAUACGAACGGAUCGACGACAAGAUUCUGUUCUUCAAAGGUGCAAGUUACUGGGAGUACACAGGGACAGAUCGCGAUCCUUCCUUUCCUAGACCGAUAAGAGAGCUUGGCCUGCCGGACGACAUCGAUGCCGCUUUGCCUUGGGGAGAAACAGGCAAGACCUACUUCUUCAGAGGAGACCAAUACUGGAGGUACGAUGAGAUGGAGAGGCAGGUAGACACGGGCUAUCCAAAGGAAGUCAAAGAGAAGUGGGAUGCUGAUGUUCCCAGCAACAUGGAUACAGCCUUCAGAUUUGUCGAUGAAAAUGGUCUUUGGUACACCUACUUCGUGAGAAACAAGAAAUACUGGCGAUUUGACGAGAGUCGGGGCAAGGUGGACAAGGGAUUCCCUAGGUCCUUUGAUGUUGACUGGAUGGGCUGCCCUGAGCCAGCGAACAACCUUGUCUCGACUGACGAAACAGACAUUGUGGUGGAGCCUCCCAAGACUGAGAAAAUGACGGGCUCUGGUGCGAAUCCCACCAGAGGCUUUUGUUACAAAGCACACAUUUUCCUGCUAGUCCUGUUAACGUGGAUGCUAAUGGGAUGACAGAUGUCAGGACCUUUGGAGACUUUUUUUCAGUGUGACUCUUAAACUAAAACAUGUGUGUUCUAUUUAAAAAAGAAGAA